GGGGUGCGGAGAGCGGGGGACCAUGGAGGGCAUCAGCGUGCAGCAGUUGGUGAGUGGAGAAAGAGAAGGGAGGAAAGUGUUGGGAUGUGGACAUGGAAUUCCUGAUCCUGGAGGCUGGCCCGGAGUCUGGAGGCUGGGACCCCAUGAGGCCGUGGCCCAGGAGAGGCAGAGGCUGGAAGAGGAGAAGAGGAGGAGACUUGAGAGGUUUAAGAGUUCCAGAACUAACCUGGAGAACCUGGCUGACUUGGAAAACUUGGUUCAGAGACGAAGAGAAAAGCGAUUGAAACGCAGAGUCCCCCGCAGGGCACCUGAGCGCGUGGUUGAGCCCCAGGCCCAGGCCCAGGCCGAGCCCGUGGGCCUGGACACAUUCCUGAAGGCGGCGGCCGAGAACCAGGAGGCCCUGGUCCACAAGUACCUGGCGGACGGAGGGGACCCCAAUGCCCACGACAAGCUCCACCGCCGGGCCUUGCACUGGGCCUGCCUGAAGGGCCACGGCCGGCUGGUGGACAAGCUGCUGGAGGCCGGGGCCGCCGUGGACGCGCGGGACUUGCUGGACAGGACGCCCGUGUUCUGGGCCUGCCGGGGAGGCCACCUGGACGUCCUCAAGCAGCUGCUCAACCACGGCGCGCAGGUCAACGCGCGGGACAAGAUCUGGAGCACCCCGCUGCACGUGGCCGUGCGCACGGGGCACUGCGAGUGCCUGGAGCACCUCAUCGCCUGCGGGGCCCACGUCGACGCGCAGGACAAGGAAGGGGACACAGCCCUCCACGAGGCCGUGCGGCACGGCCACCACCGGGCCAUGAAGCUGCUGCUGCUCUACGGGGCCGGGCUGGGCGUGCGGAACCAGGCUUCGGCGACCCCCGUGCAGCUGGCCCGAGACUGGCAGCGGGCCAUCCGGGAGGCUCUGCAGGCCUACGAGGGGCACCCCCGCAGCCGGUGCUGACGGCAGCCCUCGGGCGCUCCGCCACCAUCCGCCCUUCCCCAGGCCUCCGGGAAGGUGGUGGUGUGGGCUCAGGGCCGGCCAGCGGGCAGAUGGAGCAGGAGAGGCUGCGGCAGAACCAGGAGGCCAGACAAGGCGGCGGAGCUGGUGCUGGGAUGGCCGCGAAGCUGAGGAAGCCGUGCGGGGCUGCCCGGGGCCAGGAGCCGCCUUCGAGGUCAAGGAGAUGCCGGUGCCCCUCCCUCCCACGGCGCCUCCUGCCGGGGGCCAUGGCACAGCCGCCGGCGCCGUGGGCCAUCUCUCCGUGACGCCGCUCCUGUCGGCGGGUGUCAGCGGCUCCGGACAGCUCGGCCUAGGACCUCUGUGUUGGUCUGGACGGACGGGGCUGCUCAGCAGGUCUGAGGCCCCAGCACAGAAUCCAGAGCCAGCCUGGUGGCACGGGAACCCUGAGACCGAGGAGCUGAGCCAGUGCUCGGAGCCCGCGCCCUGGGAAAGGCUGGGGCAGGCCUGUCGCCGCUGAGCCGGUCAGCCGGGCGCUCCCGGUAACAUGAAGGCCUGGGUGCGGGGGUGCCUGUGGCCCGGGACCCGCUUUGCCUCGGGCGCUAACGCCAGCGGAGCUCGGUCUGUACCUGCAGCUGUCGCCUCUGCCACCUCCGUGCGGGGCACCGCAGGCUCUGAGCCCGCUGUGGAGGGAAGCAGAGCGGCACCUGCCCCUGCUGGCUGGCGCAGUGCGGGCCCAACUGCACCCUCUCCAGGGACCUCCCCUCCCAUCCCCGGCGCCUCCCUGUGCUGGUGGGGCGUGCUCCUGGCAGGCUGGGUCUCCAGGGCCAGGAGGGAGCCUGGAGGAGCCGAGGGGCAGCUCCCGGUGAAGGCGCCCCCCUCCCUCGCACACGGGCGGCCCCUGGGCAGACACCGUGCCAGCAGUGACUUCUAAGCUGGUGGCCUUCUCGGGCCAAGAGCCAGCUCUUCUUACUGUG